AUGGUACCUUACGUGAAUGCAACCAGUUCAAGUACCGGUAACACAGAUGGUGAAGUCGAGGGGCAACAAAAACAAAAGAAGCCACCAGAACGGCGGGUAAAGAAGGCUACAACUAAAGCAACAGGCAGGUCUUUCAUGCGGAGCAGGGCGGAACAAGCAACAGACAAGUCUGAGCAGAAGAAACCUCCCGUACUAUCGCUCAAAGACGCGUUUUUGAGUCCAAUUGGGAGGAUAUCUCGCGCUGAAGCUCUAUGCGCCUCCACCGUCUCCGUCUUCGCUACUGCGGAAAGAUUGGCAACUCUUGAAGCUGCGAUGUACAAACAGUGCGGCGUCACGCAAGAUACGGUGUCACUGGCUCGAUUUAAGUAUCAAAAGGAACGAAAACAGUUCGUGGCAACCCUCCACAGACAGACACAAAGAGGUACAGAGGCUGUAGACCAACCACCGAGCCAAGAGAGCAGCGAGAUUGAGAUUGGCACCGCGACGUCGGAAACUGCCGUGACGGAGCUUUGGAAAAAGCUUACAGGUGAUUCAUCGGGGCAGAUCUAUGCGUCCAUGUUGCGAAACCUCGCAAAACUCACGGAACCUGAUGUUGCCAUUUAA